AUGACACCAAUAUUACAGCAGCAAGUGGUAAUUAAACUACUACAACCACCUUUAAUCCAAAUAAAUUCACUUGCUUAUGUGUCAAAUGAAGAAUCAACUAAAAAAUUAUCGAAAUCACUUAAUAAUGAAAAUGUUUCUGUUUUAUCAGGUGAAAAUAUCAAAGAUGUAAGUGAAGCUGAUGUUAUAAUAUUGUGCUUGGCAAGAGACUGGUUAACCGCCUUACUUGACACUUCAGUUUUUGCUGUUUCCUCUUAUGUAGAUACGGUUAAUUGUUCUGUUUUUUAUGCAAUAUUUCACUUUACUUUGAGGGAUUGUCUCAAAUAUGUUUCAGAACACAAUGACAUAAAUGCAGAAAAUAUUGAUUCAAUUCUUGAAAUUACACAAAGCAAGUUGUCAAUAAAAAGACCUGAAGUCAAGGAUUGGAUUGAUAUAAUAAAAAAAGGAAUCGAAACUUUAAAUCAUAAAGAUAGAAGUUGUACCAGAAAUAAUAUUGAAUAUAAAACAAAAAGAUCUGAAGACCCACAUUCUGAUGAUUCUUUUCUACUUAAAAGGCUCAAA